AUGCAGGCCAUAGACCCAGCCUCCCGGGGCUUCUACGAGGAAGAUGGCAAGGACCUGGACUUCUACGACUUCGAGCCUCUCCCCACCCUGCCGGAGGAUGAGGAAAAUGUGUCUCUGGCUGAUAUCCUCUCCCUGCGGGACCGAGGCCUCAGUGAGCAGGAGGCCUGGGCUGUGUGCCUAGAGUGCAGCCUGUCCAUGAGGAGUGUGGCCCAUGCAGCCAUCUUCCAGACUCUGUGCAUCACGCCUGACACCUUGGCUUUCAACACCAGUGGAAACGUGUGCUUCAUGGAGCAGCUCAGUGAUGACCCCGAGGGUGCCUUUGUACCCCCAGAGUUUGACCUGACAGGAAACACCUUUGAGGCUCACAUCUACUCCCUGGGGGCCACUCUGAAGGCUGCUCUGGAGUAUGUCACAGAACCAGAGCUGGAGCCCAAGCUCAGCACAGACCUGGAGGGGCUGCUGAGCCAGAUGCAGGCAGAAGACCCCAGGGACCGACCGGACCUGGAGAGCAUCAUAGCACUAUGUGAGGAGAAGAUACAGCCUGUGUCCUCCUGCCGCCUGUGCCGCAGUCUCUCAGCCAUUGGAAGAAGGGUGCUCUCCAUUGAGUCCUUCGGAGCCUUCCAGGAGCUCAGCGAGAACACAUGGAGGGCAAGGCCUGCUCCAAGAAACGUGGGGACCAAGAAGAUGCCAGGAGACCUCAGCACUGAUCCAGAGGCACUGUCCCUAUCCAAGGGCCUACUCCAGCCUCCUGUUUCCAGAGAUGCAGAGCAGGAGGCUGGGCAGAGGCCCAGAGCCCCAUCCCCCAAACCACUGCUGUCAGCCCCCAUGAGAAACGGUGAGAACCCAGGACAGGAAGGGCUGGCCAACCUUGUCCUGGAUGCCAGGUGCCCCCUGGGAGAGCUGGACAGAGACAUCCUUAGGCGAAGUCAGCUGAGAAAGGCUCAGACAUUUCCCAGGCUUCUGCAGGAGAGCACGGAAGCCAGCACCCUCUGCCUGUCACUGAACAGCUCAAGAAACCAGCUGGCCAUAUCUGAGUUCUUUCCCCAAGACCCCAGGAAGCUCUUCCUGGAAGGGAAAAAUGGCCUUUCUGGUUUCAAAACACAGUCCAAAAGCAGACUAUGGCUAGAGCAGGAGCCAGGAGUCCAGCUGGAUACGACACCAGGUGCAGGCCGCAAUCCACACAGGAGCCCAGGGGCCUCGGGACAGCUGGAGGCUUCAUCUCCUAGCCAGGGACUUGUAGAGUGUAAACCUUCACCCAGCCCUGCAGACCCUGGAGAUUCAGACCAUGAAGGCCAAAUACCUAGGAGUAAAGAGAAGAUUCCAGAAGAAUCCAGACAACUGGGAAGUGCGGUCACAGAACAGAGCCUGUCCCUGCAGGACCUUCUGUCUAAGCUAGGCCGGCCCUUCAGGGAGUAUGAGCUGUGGGCACUGUGCCUCUCCUGCCUUAGCACUCUGCAGACACACAAGGAGCACCCAGCUCGCCUGUGCCUGGACAACGUGCUGGUGGCUGAGGACGGGACUGUGUUCUUCGGACCACCCCCUGCCAAUGGCGCCUACAACUCGCUCUUCUUGGCUCCCGAAGUGUCAGAAGAGAAGCUGGUGACAGAGAAGGCCUCUGUGUACUGUGUGGCUGCAGUUCUGUGGACAGCUGCCAAGUUCAGCGUACCCCGAGACCACAAACUGGCCCUGCCCCGUCGACUCAAGACACUCCUUCUGGACAUGGCCAGACGCCAUGCCUCAGAAAGACCAUCGGCAGCCGAGGCCAUCAAGGUGUGUAGCGGCUACCUCCUUCAGCGAGGCAUGGACAGCAGCAAGAUUCUAGCCCACCUGCGGGCAUCCACCUUCAAGGUUCGCCCAGAGGAAGAGACCAUUGGCCUCCAGAAUGCCUUCUCAGUGGUUGAACUGAAACCCAGCGUGGCACCUGCUCCUGAGAGUAAUCCAGGCUUCCUGCAGGUCAGCAAUGAUACCAAGCUGGUCGCUGUCCCCGGGCCUGUGCCUGGUCUACCCCCCUGUUGCAAAGAAGCGUGUGAGCUUCCAGCAGCCUUCAUCUCUGAGGCCACUCACUUUAAGCCCAUAGUCCUGGCUGAGGACACAGGUAUUACCAGAGACCAGCUUGCCUUGUCCUCAGAGUCAAAAGAGAAACCCAAAGAGGGAAGUGGCCAUCUGGACAGGGAGGGGACAAGAAAGCAGGCAGUCCUGGAACUUGUUGAGGACACUGACCUAAAGAUGUCCGACCAGCUGCCACCUGACCCAGAGCUGCAGGGAGCAACUCCAGCCCCUUCUGGUGACUCAGUGCCCCACAGUUCGGCCACAGAAUGUUCCUGCCCCCAUAGCCCUGCUCUGGUCACCCAGCAAAAGGGAUUAUCAGGGACGCCCAGCUCUCCGGCCUCUUCCCUGCCCCCUGAGCACAGGCCAGAUGGUCAGGGACCACUAGGCACCACUGUGCCCCCAGGGCCCACCUCAGCCAGCCAAGGCUCUCGACACCCAUGCAAGCCACCCAGGGGUAAGGCUGCAGCGAGUCCAAGCAGUCCUAGGGGCCCGGAUGGCCAUCCUGAGAAGCCUCGGCCAGCAGACCGCAAGCUCUGUCCAUCCAGUGUAGAAACCUCAUCCCCGCCUAAGAUGACAGCCUGCCCCUCGCUGCAGGAAGCCAUGCGCCUCAUCCAGGAGGAAUUUGCCUUCGAUGGCUACAUGGACAACGGGCUAGAGGCUCUGAUCAUGGGGGAGUAUAUUUACGCCUUGAAAGACCUCACCUUCGCCACCUUCUGUGGCGCCAUAUCUGAGAAGUUCUGUGACCUAUAUUGGGAUGAGCAGCUGCUGAAGAAUCUCUUCAAGGUGGUCAAUGGGCCAGCCUCACCCUCUGAGAGCACUUCUGAGGAGCCUGGAUCCCAGCCAGAACAUUCACCCAGCAGAUGCUCACUGUCCAGCAAAAGGCCUUCCCUGCAUGGACUUGGCAAGGAGAAGCCAACCUCGACCUGGGGUAGUGGGGGGCCCUGCUCGCCCACAGCACUAUCAGAUAUAGACUCCGACACGCUCUCUCAGGGAAACUUUGAGGUUGGAUUCCGGUCUCAGAAGUCAAUAAAAGUCACACGAGAGCAGCAACCAGAGGCUGAAGUGGAUGGGCAGCCAGGUCCAAGCCAGGAGUCAACCAGCAAUGCCUCAGACACAGUGGCCCGGCUAGCUAGAUCGGAGGAUGGUGGUCCAGCUGUGUACCCAGGUGCAGCUGAUUUCCAGAACUGCAGCCCUGGCUGGUCCAGUGCCUUCUAUGAGGCUGACUGCUUUGGAGCCGAUGUCUACAACUACGUGAAGGAUCUGGAGAGGCAGAAGGCCAAUGGGCACACAGAACUGGAAGCCCAGAGUCCGGAGCUGGAGCAGCAGCUCAUGAUAGAGAAGAGAAACUACAGGAAGACCCUAAAGUUUUACCAGAAACUCUUACAGAAGGAAAAACGGAACAAAGGCUCUGAGGUAAGGACCAUGUUGUCUAAACUCCGAGGACAGCUAGAUGAAAUGAAAUCCAAGGUGCAGUUCCUGGGCCUGGUCAAGAAAUACCUCCAGGUCAUGUAUGCAGAGCGCUGGGGGCUGGAGCCCUGUGCUCUGCCAGUGAUUGUGAACAUCGCAGCAGCUCCCUGUGACACACUGGAUUUCAGCCCCCUGGAUGAGUCUUCUUCCCUCAUCUUCUAUAACGUCAACAAGCACCCGUGCAGCGGCCGGCAGAAGAAGGCUCGCAUCCUCCAGGCUGGCACACCCCUGGGACUCAUGGCCUACCUCUACUCCAGUGAUGCUUUCCUCGAGGGCUACGUGCAGCAGUUUCUCUACACUUUCCGGUACUUUUGCACACCGCACGACUUCCUGCACUUCCUCCUGGACCGCAUCAGCAGCACCCUGUCCAGGGCUCACCAGGAUCCUACCUCGACCUUUUCCAAGAUCUACAGGCGGAGCCUCUGUGUCCUGCAGGCCUGGGUGGAAGACUGCUACACCGUGGAUUUCAUAAGAAACGCGGGGCUGCUGGGACAGCUGGAGGACUUCAUCUCUUCCAAGAUCCUGCCUCUAGAUGGCACUGCCGAGCACCUGCUGGCCCUCUUAGAGGUGGGCACUGAGCGGCGGGCUGACAAUGCCUCUCGAGGUACAGACCUAGAGGACCCUAAGGAGGCAGAGGAGGACACCAGACCCUUUAAUGCCCUCUGCAAGAGGCUUUCAGAGGAUGGCAUCACCCGGAAGAGUUUCUCCUGGAGGCUGCCUCGGGGCAACGGGCUAGUGCUGCCACAUCAUAAGGAGCGCCAGUACACCAUUGCAUCAGCUCUGCCUAAGCCGUGCUUCUUCGAAGACUUCUAUGGCCCCUAUGCCAAAGCCAGUGAGAAAGGUCCUUACUUCUUGACAGAGUACAGCACCAACCAGCUCUUCACUCAGCUGACACUGCUGCAGCAGGAAUUGUUUCAAAAGUGCCACCCUGUCCACUUCCUAAAUUCACGAGCCCUGGGUGUCAUGGACAAAAGUGCAGCCAUUCCCAAAGCCAGCUCUUCUGAGUCUCAUUCUGCCAAAACCUGCAGUCUGUUCCUACCCAAUUACGUCCAGGACAAAUAUCUGCUACAGCUCUUAAGAAACGCAGAUGAUGUCAGCACCUGGGUGGCUGCUGAAAUUGUGACCAGUCAUACCUCCAAGCUGCAGGUGAACUUGCUGUCCAAAUUCCUGCUGAUUGCAAAAUCUUGCUACGAACAGAGGAACUUUGCAACGGCCAUGCAAAUCCUGGGCGGGCUGGAGCACCUAGCCGUGAGGCAGUCCCCUGCCUGGAGAAUCUUGCCUGCAAAGAUUGCUGAGGUCAUGGAAGAGCUGAAAGCUGUGGAGGUAUUCCUGAAGAGUGACAGCCUGUGCCUGAUGGAAGGACGGCGCUUCCGGGCCCAGCCUACCCUACCCUCUGCCCACCUGCUGGCCAUGCACAUCCAGCAGCUAGAGACAGGAGGUUUCACCAUGACUAACGGAGCCCAUAGGUGGAGUAAGCUGAGAAACAUCGCCAAGGUGGCAAGCCAGGUGCACGCGUUCCAGGAGAACCCCUACACAUUCAACCCCGACCCCAAGCUACAGGCCCACCUCAAGCAAAGGAUUGCACGCUUUAGCGGGGCUGAUGUUUCCAUCUUAGCAGCAGACAACAGAGCCAACUUCCACCAGAUCCCAGGAGAAAAACACUCCCGGAAGAUCCAAGACAAACUGAGGAGAAUGAAAGCCACAUUCCAGUAG